UCACCAAUUCUCACUUCCUCUUAUCACCUUCCACUGAAACAACCAUCAGCCAUAACCAUGGAGUACCUUCUUAUUACACUAAUCACCAUUUUUGUUUCUGUACUUGCCAUCACACUUCAAGUCUUCUUCCACUCUCCAAUAUCUCCAGACCCACUUCACUUACCUCCUUCACCACCCUUUUUCACCCCAAACAACCACUUACAGAGAGUGAUCAAGCUCGGGGAAGGGAUGCUGAAACAACCAGAAGAUGUGUUUAUAGACCAAAAAGGGGUCCUGUAUACAGCUACCAGAGACGGGUGGAUCAAAAGAUUACAUAAAAAUGGAACUUUGGAGAACUGGAAGAAGAUACACAACAAACAUACUUUACUUGGUUUGAUCAAAACAAAGAGUGGCGAUCUAAUCGUGUGCGAUACUGAAGAGGGUUUGAUUAAGGUUAGUGAAGAUGGUGAAGUGACAGCUUUAGCAACUCAUUUAAAUGGUGAAAAUGUAAGGUUUGCAGAUGAUUUGGCUGAAGCAUCUGAUGGAAGCUUAUACUUCAGUGUUGCCAGCACUAAAUUCGGGUUGCAUAAUUGGCACUUGGAUUUUUUGGAGGCAAAACCACAUGGACAGCUUCUUAGAUAUGACCCAUCUACAAAGGAAACAACUUUAGUGCUUGAUGGACUUGGAUUUGCAAACGGGGUAGCUGUUUCUUCAGAUGAAGACUUUUUGGUGGUGUGUGAAUCAUGGAAAUUUAGGUGUUUGAAGUACUGGCUAAAGGAGGAAAAGAGAGGGAAAGUUGAGAUUUUUAUUGACAAUCUUCCUGGUUCACCCGACAAUAUCAAAGUAGCUCCUGAUGGGUCAUUUUGGGUGGCUUUACUUCAGUUGACUUCAAGCAGGAUGAAAUUUGUGCAUUCUUCCAAAGCGAUUAAACAUGUUUUAGCAACAUUCCCGAAGCUGUUUGAGCAAAUUAGAGCAGUUGAGAAGGGUUCAAUGGUGAUGAAUGUUGGGAGUGAUGGGAGGAUUAUUAAGAUGCUUGAUGAUCCGAAUGGAAAAGUGGUGUCAUUUGUCACUUCUGUCCUUGAGUUUGAGGGAAAUCUUUACUUAGGAAGUUUGAAGAACGACUUCAUAGGAAAGCUGCCCCUUGAAACUGUACUCUGAAGCCCUAACUUAUGAGCCUACUUUGUGAAAUUUAAAAGCAGUAAUGGUGUAAUACACUUGCUAAGAUGAAUAUUACUCAAGAAAAAAAAUGAUAUUGUAAAAAGUUGAAAGAUUGAAAUCAGUUGAUACUAGUGAAAUCUGUUUCUUUUCAAUGGUGAUGGAUUGCUAUCGAUGUUGGUUUUUUUGUUGACAAA